AUGAAGCGAGACGAGGCUGUGCGAGACCUUGCCGGCACCCGGGCUCCCCGCUGUGUUGAUGGCCCUUGGGCGUCGCCACUAGCAGGAGGACCUCCGCGACCUCCUCUCAGCUGCUGUGACGAGACGCCUGCAGCCAGCAUCCUAUCAAGCACAGCAGCCAGACGGACCUGCAGCAGCUCGCAGGCUGCACACUGCUCAGGAGCAGGAGGAGGUUUUUAA